UUUCCUAAUAGAGUAUCAUUUGUUUCUCUGCUCUGUAACAGCUCAUAUAAACUUUACCUUUUCAUUUUUAUACACUUUUCAACAUUGUUUUAUGUUACCUUUAUAUUGUAAAGUUAAUUGUGAUUGUCAACCAAAUCAACAAGACCAAGAAAAGUCACCAACCAAACCAAGUUAACCAACAUUCAACAUCUAGCAAAGCCCACUCUCUUCACCAUCACCAUCAUCGAUCUCUCCAGUCUGGCCAAAAUUAUCGAUCAAUAUUUUGGCCUUAAAAUCGUUGAAGAGACAGAGUGAGAGAGAGAGUGGCUGUGUGUGUGAGAGAGAGGGAGAGAGCGAGAGGAAGAAGACAAGGAAGAGAGGUUCUAGAGGUAAAACUUACUUUUGGGUUUGGUUUGCCUUGACAUCGGAAAAUGACCAGAAAAUUAACCAAAAUGGAUCAUCACCACCAUUAUAAUCACCAAUUGAAUUAUAAUUAUGUUAGUUUAUUAAAUUUCUUUUGUUCAACUCUACUGUUAUUAUUGUGUUCCCAUGUGAUGUCCACUGUCUCUAUGGAGACUGGACCAGGAUCAGAUGUUCACAUUGAGUGUAACAGUAAUAAUAUACAGGUUACAAUUAACACGGCUUCAACAUUUAACGGAAUGAUUUAUCCAAAAGGACUUUCAACAAACUCAUCGUGUAUGGUUGAGUUCAACAGUCAAGACAAUGUUACAUACGUUUUACCCUUAAGAUCAUGUAAUACAAUGUCAACCGAUGUGGAUGAUGGAGUUGAAUAUUUCAAUACAGUUGUAGUUCAACCUCACCGUAAACUGGUCACCAAUCAAGGUAAAGGUUAUCACAUUCGUUGUCGCUAUCAAACGAAGGAAAAAACAAUCGCAAACUCCUUCAAUGUUAGUACUUUGGGAACUACUCCAGUCAUGGCUACAGCUCCAAUGCCAAGCUGUUCAAUGAAAAUCUUUAUGGCCGAUACUUCUAAUGAAAUUGUUGCGGAAAAUGUUAAAAUUGGUGAUCGUUUAACGUUAACUAUUGCCAUUGACAAUCAACCCGUUUAUGGCAUGAAAGUAACUAAUUGUUUGGUUCGGGACGGCCUCAAUUGGGGAGAACAGCCAUUACUUAACGAUGAAGGAUGUCCAGUUGAUGAUGAAAUCAUGGGUCCAUUUGAAUAUACCAAUAAUUUAACUCGUGCUGUAGUCUCAUUUCAAGCUCACAAAUUUCCUUACACUGCAUCUGUCUAUUAUCAAUGUAAUGUACGGUUGUGUCUUAAAGAGUCGGGCGGAUGUGAUGAUAUUCCUCCAGAUUGUGACCGAAAUGGCCUUAACUACAGACGAAGAAGGCGACGUGAUACUGAUGUUGAGGGUGAUGCUAAUAUUGCUCUGGUUCGCCAAGAUGACAUAAGAGAUUUAAGUGUAGAGGUGUACUCUGGUUUAUAUGUAAAUGAAGCCGAGGAAGAAGAAGAAGUGGAUAUCAUCUCACCACGUCGAGUUGCCACCGAACAAGAAUUUUGUAUAUCAAUGAGAAAAUUUGCAGUUGGUGUCGCCAUUGCCAGUUUACUUCUAAUGUUAGCAGUUAUCCUUUUAGUCGCCUGUAUUCUUCAACGAAGACGCCGUCGAAAGGAUGCAUCAACCAGUGCAAGCUCAAUCUACUCUGGGCCAUACUCUAAUCGUGCCUACGGUCGAGAUUAACUCCGUUUUUCUCUUCACUUUUCCCUUCUCUCCUAACCUUUCCACUUCUCUUCUUAUUCUCCCACCUAAUUGCUGUAUUCGUUCGGGCGUGUAUUGUUUACGUGGCUUUGAGGUUCUCGUUUCCGUUCACAUCGUCACAUUCACUUUACUUGCAAUCUUCCAAGUUCACUUACAUUUUUUUUCUCCUUCCAUCUUUUUACGAUCCAACCACAUCCAACAACAAUUAUCUACCAAUGUAAAUUAUUAUUACUGCUAUUAACUCAUCCCAAUAUUAUAUAUAUUAUCAAUAUAAUAGUAUAUUCAAUAUUGGAGGAAUCAAUCAGGAAAUUGUUUUCUUUCUUUUUCCUCUUCUAUUGAAAUACUCUUGCCUUGUAAAUGAAACUGAACCUCACCACUGAAUCUUAAUACACGUACAUCGCUCAUCCCGGUCAUCUGAUCUACCUUUACCUUUUUCCUUUCUUUCCUUCUUUCUCUUGCCGCCAAUAUUGACUCUCAUUCAUCAAAACCUGCAUUCAUCAUUAUCAUCACCAUCUUUUACUUCAUCCUCCCUUCCUGUUUUCCUCACCUUUAACUCACCAUAUUUCCUUUCCUUUCCUCUUUCUGUUUUAUCUCCAUCCUCACGACUCUCAUCGUUAUUUGUUGAUGAUUAUAGUUUCUCCUAUUGAAUGAGUCAAUAUUAAUUCAAUUACAAUUGAAAGAUUGAAAGAAAGAAACAGAUUGUUUUUAAGGUAACCAGUAUGAUCACGUUGAGUGAUUUUAAUCCAACGAAAACCCUUUUUCUAUCUUUUCUAAUCUUCCUCUCACUAACCCUUCUCUAUCCUUUUUUAACCUAUCAAACAAUGAACGUGCAAUCAUGAACUGAUAACACAAAAAAUGAACCCUUCAUAUGUAAUGAUUAUUUUCAUUGACUAUGUGAAAACAAAAUCUAAUUUUAUACAUACAUUUUUUUACCAAAACCAUGGCCGGGUCAUUGAAAAAGGUGGUCUAUUCUUGCUGUGCAAGUCUAGAUUGACCGCUUUUCUAGUGCCUUUCUCAUUAACAAAUUCACAAUUAUUUAUUAUUACCAAAACAAUUAAAAUCAAAGAAAAACAAAA